GAAGCCUAGUCUGAAAGUGAUGCACGUGGGGUUUCAUGCCCCAACUCUCGGCUUUGCUGAUGCUUUCUUUUCAUCUUCCUUCACUCACACUGAACAUCAAAUUCAGAGCAAACCCAUCUUCGUCUUCUUCUUCCUUCUCAGACUUUUCAUCUUCAGAGCUUUAUAAUGUGUAGCUUCAGGCUCCAGUUUUGAGGACUGUUGACUUUGCCCCCAGGAGAUCAACUUAGCAGAAACAAUUGAUUGUGAGACUAAAGCUGGAGGAUGGUGGAGCCACAUUCAUGCCCAGGAUUGGUUAAUGCAUCUGCAUUGUGUUCCAUAGAGGAACGCGCUGUGAAAGGGGAGGGAGAGAGUGAUGAUCACAUCAUGGCACAGAUUUCGGCUGAACUACAGAGAGAGAGAAUUAAGAAUGCGGUGCUCAUGGAGAGAAUUUCUGAACUUGAAGCUCAAAUAAGGGACAAUGAAAAUAAAUCUCUUCUCCAGGACAAAGAGGGUCGUCGUAGAAAAGCACAAAGGCAAAGCCACAAAGAGUCAAAAAGACAAAAGAUAGGCGAAUUCGUUGGUGGGCCUGAAAAUGGCCAAAUUUUUUGUGGUAAAUCGGCUUCUCCAGUUCGGCAUGAUUAUCAGUGUGUGCCAUCAAAGUAUGAAAAUAUCGAAGAUGGCAUGGUCAAUUCGAUAAGCAUGGAAGAUACACGCAUGUUGGGUUUUGAAAAUUUGAAAGACGGUGACCAUGCCAAUGACCUUGAUAAUGUGGAUGGAGCCAACGAUGAAGAUGACGAUUACCAUGGCGAAGAUGGCACUGACAUUCACAAUGCUGAACAGAACUUGAGAAUAAGCAAUGAUAUACUAGCCAAGAAAGUGCAGGCACCGGCUUUGGAGAACUCCUAUAACGGUAGAACUCUUAUGCAUGCAACGCAAGAUUCAGUGGAUACACCAAAAACCAAUCUUUGGUUACAGGAGAUUGGACAGGUUCAGGACAUGUCAAAACUUGGUGAACUUGAGAAGGAAGAAGGUUUGACCGGAGUUUGCAAAGAACAUGUAGAGGCUCAUUCAUCUGGAUAUUAUGCUUGUCAUGCAGGGUCAGGAAGCACAGCGCUGCACAAAAAUUCCACAAAGGUCGCUUUGUGUCCUAAAGAAGUUAGGAGGAUCGUUGAUAUGGAAGCCCUUCAAGAAAAAAAUGCUCAGUCUCAUACUAUGAGAAAGAUCAUUGCUUUCUCAUCCCUCGGUAUAAAACACGGAUGUGAAGAUCUGUACGAGCUGGAUUUCAAUCAUUUUAGUAUUUUGAGGAAGGGUGAACCCUUUGUCUCUCUGCAAAAUCCUGGGGAGCACGUUUUAUAUGUAAAUCCCGGCGUCCGCCAAAAGGUCUUCUAUCCAAAUAGACAGAACCUGACACUGUGUCCUGUCCAAAUACUAGAGGAAGAGAAAGCCAUGCGUCCAUCUGACCAUAGCUGCCCGUCAUCCUUAUUCCUAUGCAUCAAAUAUGGAGGAAGGACUAGAAAUCUUCCCCAAAACGAAUACGUCAGACAACGCAUGGGAAAGAACAAGCUGAAAUCCUUCGGGCCACUCAUGUGCAAAAUGGCGAUGUUGGUCCAUGUCCGCAGCGGAAGUUUCUUCUUUAAGGCCCUGGGCAUAACGCUCUUGUUCAUGGCCGGUUUCACUGAUCAACUGAUUCAAAAGGAAACCAAAUACAGAAGCUUGGACUUGCUCCAAAAGUACUACAGGAAGGAUGAGGAUGCUGAAGGAGAGAAAUUGUUUCUUGAACACCCGGAAACCUCCAACACGCAAGCCGCCUUCAAGUUGGACCAAUCUACUGCCAAGAAAAUCUCAACGAAAUUCAAACCCAAAAGGCAUAGCCAUGCUGCAUAUAAGCCUCCAAAUUCAGAAAGAUCACUUCGUUAUCUUCAAUCAGUAAACACAAGCUGUGCUCCUCAAUUCGGAUUAGUCGGCUAUAACUCUAUCCACACUCAAGCACCGGGAGUAGAUAAAGCUUCGAGUUCAAAACCGGCAUUCAACAACCAUCCUAGUAACAUUUCGUCCUCUAAUCCAGCAUCGUAUAAUAUGUUCCCACCCCACCAGCCUGUAAACGGUUUCAUUCCUAUGAUGUAUUGGCCUCACCCGAGCACAUAUGCUUAUGCCCCGUUGCCGUCUUCGGCAAGUUAUUUCUCCGUUCAUCCAAACAGUUGCUACACCUAUCCUCCUUCACACAGUUUUUUCCCGAAAAUAGUUGGAGGCACGGGAAGGACCAAUGCAGUCUCAGAGGAAUCUGGUGAUGAUUCUGGAAGCAGUUCAAGCAGUUCAUAGCUGAAAGAAGUGCCAGCGACAUCGAGUCUGGCUGCCAUGACUUGUUCGGGUCCAAUAACGCAGCAGUUAGAGAAAUGUACUGAGAUUGACAAAGGCUCAUCCAAACGUCGUGCAAUUUUGACCCCCUCCUCUUUGCAGGUGUGUUGUUUAGAUUUGUGUACAUGCAAGAGACUGUUUCUUUCUCUUUUGUAGCAGUAAUGGGCUUAAUGACUAAUAGAAUUGUUGAGCCAACAGUAGUGAAAAAUUUCCUACUAUCUUGGAUCCGUGAAGCUAACAAGCGAGGCAAGGGUAUUGCUUCCAUGUUUCUUGGAAAAUCACCUUCUUCUCUAUCACUUCACCUUGUGAU